GCCAUGUAUGAAAGAGGUGAAGACAAUAAGCUGAUCAUCUGGACACCAGGUCACAGUGGAACACUCACUCGACCUGCCGAGACUGCAGCACCACGCCUACCUUAUCAGCGACUUCUGACACGAACAUCCUCGUCAACCCCUGACAGUGCCACAGGAAUCAGACCAGUCAGUUCCCCUGGGAUGGAAACUGACUUUCCUUAUCAGAAGCUGGUUAGGGCUACAACCUCUUUGCCGAGGACAGCAGGAACAUCGUCUUCUCCUGACUCUUCUAAUGUAGUCAGCCCUGCCAAAUCUGCUCUUGUGGAGGAGGAUGUCUUUCCUUAUCAGGAGCUCUUCAGGUCGACACCAUCACUGAAGGGGGAAGCACCUUGGCGAGAGUGUGGUCAAAAACGGUUGUCAGAGGUGGAAUCAAAUGGUGAAGGAGUGUCUACUACGCCAUAUCAGACUCUAUCUUUGCAGAGAAAUCAACUGUACCCCUUAGACGAAUUCGACGGAUAUGCUAGAGUUGAGGAUGUGGAUCCACAAACGGAGGAUUUUGAGUACGAUUAUGCUCGUGUUGAGGUCGAUCCGGUGGAACUACGGAAUCUUUUCCGAAUUUCACACAGCGAUGACACUGUCGACAAUACUCCGAAUACUUGCAUGGAAAUAACCAUUGGCGAUCUGAGCAACACCGCAUCCAUUCCAAAAACUAUUGUCAGCGAAUCGUCGCCCUCGCAGUCAUGUCGAGAUGAUGCUGACUCCUGUACGUGUGAGGAUGUUGUGAACAGAAAGAUUGACUGUUGCGUGCACGGAAAUGAAUGGCUUAAUCCACAGAAUUUGCAUCCAGCAGCUUCUUAUGAGGAUUUAUCUGGAGGCCGCCCUGAAGAAUAUGAAGAAAUGGGAAAGAGAAGGAGUGUGAUGACGGUGGAGGAUAAUGAACCAACUGAAAUUGAGGACGACAACGGUCACGAAUACUAUGUGCUUGAAGCUGUGGAUGAGUGCGAUGAAGGGGAAAGUGAUGAUGCGCAUUAAAUGUUGAAGGCAAGAAAGAGAGUUUUGAAAUACCUCCACAACCGUCAUUACAUUUUUGUCAUUUUUCUUUAGCUUCAUGGCAUAUGAUUCUGUCGGACAAAAUUAUAUUUCAGCUAUAUAGAUAUGUUAAGAUAUAUUUUUCAAACCAAGAGAAAAAUUAGUGAAAUGUAAACAGACUGUUUAUAAAAAAGCUCUUAAGCCAUAUCCUAGCGUAGUAUUUAUUGGUUUUAAAUUUGACUUAAUUGUACAUUAGUUCCAUUUGUAUAAAUUUUACUUUGCUUUCAUUAAACAAUG